CAGCCCCAGCGCAGGCGAGCGGAACCGGGCAGCCCCGAGCACGGCAGCAGCAGCGGGCACAGGGACUAGCAUCUUGCAAAUCUACUGCUGAAGAUGGAAACCAUGCAUGAGCUGAUCCCCUUUGCCAAAGAAAUGCUCAGUCAGAAGCCCAACAGGAAGAUGGUCAAGCUGUACAUGCUGGGCAGUGUGCUGGCUUUCUUUGGGGUGGUUAUUGGUCUGGUGGAGGCAGUGUGCAGUCCUUUCACCUCUCAAGAGAGGCUAGAGGAAGAGAGGAAAGCUGCCCCGACACAAGAGCAAAUGGAACAGCAACAGCAGAAUUUGAUCUUGGAAAAGAGCAAGAAACCAGCAUUGAUGCAAAGGAGCCUGGUGACCAGACAGCACGCAUCCUGAGCGYGCGGCCUCCGCAGAAGUGUCUGCUGUGCAGCCAUGGAGAGAGACUCUGCUGCCCUGCUGUGCCCGGAGGGGGUGGUUCCAGCAAGAGUGAAAGAUGAGCCAAAUGAGGGGACUGCAAGCGCGAGACUUGGAAGUGAAUGGUUAUAUUUGCUGCUGUGCAGCAGUAGGAAAAAAUACCUUUUGUUGGUAUAAAAAUGUGCAAGAUGCACAGCAUGGU